AUGCAUGUGCUUCCAAUCCAUGCCUCGGUGGAAGCACCUGUGAGGAACGUGAUGACCAUACCUAUGUGUGUCUGUGUGCAGCUGGAGAAGUUUACGGUCCUCAAGGCUGUCAAAGGGAUCCCAUUCAAGAAGAAGCUCUUCAAGAAAAAAGAGAAAGACAUUUGGAAAGUUCCUUACUUUUCCAAAGGCCCACCAUCCUAUAACAGCGGUGAUAGCUUUUUCACCUGGGUCAAAGAAUCACCGUACAGCCCAGGAAAUUCAGGGGCCCCACGAAUCCCGCGGGCCAAACUCAGUCCCGACUGGGACAGCAUGCCCAGCUCUGAGUGGACUCCGAGUAACAGCCGACAAAGCUUGAUUCCUUCGGGGAUGAAUUUGCAAUUCAGCGAUGGCCAAGAUAACAUGUUUUCAUUCUCCCCGAGUCCUCCCAGGAACAUCCCCUACGAGGAGGUCCAAGCCAGAAAUAGCCCUUAUCACCAGAUCCGAGCCACAAACCCUUACGCCAAGACCCAAGGCCAGACCAGCCCUUAUUUAACAACAGUUGCUCCAACCACAACCACAGCGACUCCAAUCACAACUACACCAGUUCCAACAACCACCACAACAACACCAGUUCCAACAACCACCACAGAUGCUCCAACCACAACUACAACAACUACAGCAGUUCCAACAACCACCACAGCGGCUCCAACCACAACCACAGCAGCUCCAACAACAACCACAGCAGCUCCAACCACAACCACUGCAGCUCCAACCACAACUACAGCAGCUCCAACAACAACAACUACAGCUCCAACCACAACUACAGCAGUUACAACUACCACCACAGUGGACCCAACAACAACCGCAGUGGCUCCAACAACGACCACUACAGUGGCUCCAACCACAACCACUGCAGCUCCAACAACAACCACAGCAGCUCCAACCACAACUACACCAGUUCCAGUGGCUCCAACCACAACCACUGCAGCUCCAACCACUACAACAGCAGAUCCAACAACCACCACAGUGGCUCCAACCACGACUACAGCAGUUCCAACAACAAACACAGGAGCUCCAACCACAACUACACCAGUUCCAAAUACCACCACAGUGGCUCCAACAACAACCACAGAUGCUCCAACCACAACCACAACUACAGCAUCUCCAACAACAACCACAGUGGCUCCAACAACAACCACAGUCGCUCCAACCACAACCACUGAAGCUCAAACCACAACUACAGCAGCUCCAACAACCACCACAGUGUAUCCAACAACAACCACAGUGGCUCCAACCACAACCACUGCAGCUCCAACAACCACCACAGUGGCUCUGACCACGACUACAGCAGUUCCAACAACCACCACAGCAGCUGUAACCACAAACACUGCAGUUCCAACAACAAACACAGGAGCACCAACCACAACUACACCAGUUCUAAAUACCACCACAGAGUUCUACCAACGACCAAUACAGUAG